UGAGUAUGGCGCUUCUGGACUACGACCCGGAGUGGGAAGUGGUGGUGAAGGCGUUUCGGAGGAGGAAGAGGAAGCCGUUCUCAACACGGAUCCGCCCCCGCUGCCAUGUGAAGAGCGUGAAGGGAAAGGAGAAGGUUGUGGAGGACGAGGAGGAGGAGGAGGAGGAGGCAGAGGGGGAGGAGGGGGAGGAGGAGGAGGAGGGGGAGGUGGGGGAGGAGAGGGAGGAGGGGGAGGUGAGGGAGGAUGAGGGUGGUGAGGAGAUGGAAGAGGACGAGGAUGAGGGCUUGGCGGAAGGGGAGAAGUGCAGCAGUGGUGGUGAUGACUGGGAGGAUGAGUGAGUGAAGCGAAGAGACUAUGCUUUGGGG